GCUCGCAUCAUCCUCAGUCCCCGUCAGAGUGAGCUGCUGUGUGCAGUCUUCUCACUCUGCCUUUGCUUGGUCUCCCGCCUGGAAUGCCAUCUCCGCCUCUGCGCUUGACUGGGGCUUCCGGUCCGCCCCUGCUCCAGUUGCCCCAGGACGCCUGCCUGGAGCCCUCGCCCUGUCCCUUGUCCUAUUUCUGUGAAACUUUCUAUUUCGGUCUGUCGGGAGCGUCUGAAGCGGUUUCCCCGGGGAACUCCGGUCCAAAGAGGGCCAGUGAUGUCUUUGGAACUUUCUGGAAUGUCCUGACUCCCGCGGCCCCCUCUGCACCGUACAGAGCAGUGAGACUAAGGUAAGUGCGCCUCCUGGAGCCCGGGUGCUAUGGUUUGGACCGAGGCUGCAGAGCUGGCUCUCGCCCUGGAGAGAUCACUGGAAGAGGAGGAGCGCGGAUACGCGGCUGUACUGACAAAGCGAUCCCGCCGCUCGCAGGGGCUUGUAAAUCGUGCCCUCUUUCGUAAGGGGGUAAUCUGACGUUCAGGGCAGACAACGACUCGGCCAGGGUCACUUAGGAAGAAGAAGCAGGAAGGAUAAAAGAUUGCUGGGACAACCAGGAAGCACCUGCUCUCUCCACAUGUAGCAAUGCCAAUAUCUUUCGAAGGAUAAAUGCCAUGUUGGAUAAUUCUCUGGAUUUCAGUAGAGUCUGCACCACACCUGUAAACCGAGGAAUUCAUGAUCAUUUGCCAGACUUCCAGGACUCUGAAGAAACAGUUACAAGCAGGAUGCUUUUUCCAACCUCUGCGCAAGAAUCUUCCCGUGGCCUCCCAGAUGCAAAUGACUUGUGCCUUGGCCUGCAGUCCCUCAGUCUGACGGGCUGGGACCGACCCUGGAGCACCCAGGACUCAGAUUCCUCAGCCCAGAGCAGCACACACUCGGUACUGAGCAUGCUGCAUAACCCACUGGGAAAUGUCCUAGGAAAACCCCCCUUGAGCUUCCUGCCUCUGGAUCCCCUUGGGUCUGACUUGGACAAGUUUCCAGCACCCUCUGUCAGAGGAUCACGCCUGGACACCCGGCCUAUCCUGGACUCUCGAUCUAGCAGUCCCUCUGACUCAGACACCAGUGGCUUCAGCUCUGGAUCAGAUCAUCUCUCAGAUUUGAUUUCAAGCCUUCGCAUUUCCCCACCUCUGCCCUUCCUGUCUCUGACAGGGGGUGGUCCCAGAGACCCUUUAAAGAUGGGGGUAGGGUCUCGGAUGGACCAAGAGCAAGCUGCUCUUGCUGCAGUCACUCCCUCCCCAACCAGUGCUUCAAAGCGAUGGCCAGGAGCUUCUGUGUGGCCAUCCUGGGACCUCCUUGAAGCUCCCAAAGACCCCUUCAGCAUAGAGAGAGAGGCCAGGCUGCACCGACAAGCUGCAGCUGUGAAUGAAGCCACCUGUACCUGGAGUGGCCAGCUUCCUCCCCGGAACUAUAAGAACCCCAUCUACUCUUGCAAGGUGUUUCUAGGAGGUGUUCCUUGGGAUAUUACAGAAGCUGGAUUAAUUAACACCUUCCGUGUUUUUGGCUCUUUGAGUGUGGAGUGGCCUGGUAAGGAUGGCAAGCACCCCCGGUGUCCUCCCAAAGGUAAUAUGCCUAAAGGGUAUGUGUAUCUGGUGUUCGAACUAGAGAAGUCUGUCCGAGCCUUGCUUCAGGCUUGCUCUCAUGACCCGCUGAGCCCAGAUGGUCUGAGUGAAUAUUAUUUCAAGAUGUCCAGCCGAAGGAUGCGCUGCAAGGAGGUGCAGGUGAUCCCCUGGGUAUUAGCAGACAGUAACUUUGUCCGGAGCCCAUCUCAGAGGCUUGACCCCAGCAGGACGGUGUUUGUUGGUGCUCUGCAUGGGAUGCUGAAUGCCGAGGCCCUGGCAGCCAUCUUGAACGACCUAUUUGGUGGAGUGGUGUAUGCCGGGAUUGACACAGAUAAGCACAAGUAUCCCAUUGGAUCUGGUCGUGUGACUUUCAAUAACCAACGGAGUUACCUGAAAGCAGUCAGUGCUGCUUUUGUUGAGAUCAAAACCACCAAGUUCACAAAGAAGGUUCAGAUUGACCCUUACUUGGAAGAUUCUCUGUGUCAUAUCUGCAGUUCUCAGCCUGGUCCUUUCUUCUGUCGAGAUCAGGUCUGCUUCAAGUACUUCUGCCGGAGCUGCUGGCACUGGCGGCACAGCAUGGAGGGCCUGCGCCAUCACAGCCCCCUGAUGCGGAACCAGAAGAACAGAGAUUCCAGCUAGAGGAGCUGGCCUUGCCCAGUGGCCUGUGGCGCCCAAAGCUGGCAGGUCAGGCAAGCAGCCUGCACCACCUGCCACUGGCGACCAGGGAGCUGGCUUCCCGAGGACAAGGGAAAAUUGUAGUCACCUUUGCACUUGCUGAAUCUGUCUUUGUUUCUGCACUAAUUAAUGCACAAUGAGUUUUGUCGGGUUUUGUUUUCUGGGGGUGUGCCAAGGGCAAGGACUCUCUGGCUUACCCUUCAAGCGACUCUGUAGUUUUCCCAGAUUUUAGUUCCUCAUUUUGCCGAUGAAAAGCAAACAAAAAAGAAAAAAAACAAAAACUACGUGUCCAGAAAGUAUUGACACGGAUGCCUACACCUAGGUUUAUUUAUUAAAAGCGCUUUUUUACAUUCCUUGCAAUACUGAUGGUGAUGAUGCGCAGGUCUCAUUGGUUUCAUUCUUGCAGUUGCCAUACAGUGCCUUUCCAUUUAUUUAACCCCCACCUGAACGGCAUAAACUGAGUGUUCAGCUGGUGUUUUUUACUGUAAACAACAAGGAGACUUUGCUCUUCAUUUAAACCAAAAUCAUAUUUCAUAUUUUACGCUCGAGGGUUUUUACCGGUUCCUUUUUACACUCCUUAAAACAGUUUUUAAGUCGUUUGGAACAAGAGAUUUUUUCUUUCCUGGCAGCUUUUAACAUUAUAGCAAAUUUGUGUCUGGGGGACUGCUGGUCACUGUUUCUCACAGUUGCAAAUCAAGGCAUUUGCAACCAAGAAAAAAAUUUUUUGUUUUAUUUGAAACUGGACCGGAUAAACGGUGUUUGAGCGGCUGUUGUAUAUAGUUUUAAAUGGUUUAUUGCACCUCCUUAAGUUGCACUUAUGUGGGGGGGGGGUUGAUAGAAGUUUUUAAUCACAAAGUCACAGGACUUUUUUCUUUUGUAACUGAGCUAAAAAGGGCUGCUUUUUGGUGAGGGCAGAUGAAGGCUCACAGGAGCCCUUUCUCUUAGGGGGGCAAGUACCCUUCCUUUAUAUCUUUAAUUUGAGGAACCUAUGAGAUAACAGUUGCAGUUGACUGAAAUGCUACUGGAAUUUGAAAACUUGACUUUUUUCUUUCUUUCCUUUUUUUUUUUUAAAUAGAAA